AUAAUCGGAUUUUUUUGCUGGGGGAUUCUCAACUUCUCUAAAACUGUUUUAAAUCCACUCAAAAAUCACGGCACUGUUCUUGAAAAUACGAAGCUUAAACUUUUUACAUGUAUUCGAAGUCGAUUUAUGAAGGUUGACUUUUUUUUUUGCUCUGGAAUCAUAGCAUUGAGUAGCAUUUGAGAUUUGCCAUUUUAGUCCACCAAUGCCUAAUAAAUAGGCUUGGCGAGUGUGGCAAGAAAAUCACUAAUCGUGGUUCGAAUAAGUCUUAAUAGCUUUUCACCACAAAAGCUGGGACAGCAGCUCUCGUAUAUUCUAGUAUUUUAAUAGGACGGCUUUACGCAGUUUGUUCACUAUCCAAAUUGUACUAAGCUUAUUAACGGUAUGAUAUCUCAAAUAAUGGUGGAUUGCACUUUUGGCGUUUGGACAAGCAUGAGUCCCGAGGACAAAUAAUUUACCUCCAGAAGUCGUCAAAAUGGGAAUAAACCUGGAGGCGUUUCCAGACAUUCGGAAGUCGUCGUUAGACUUCAAGUUGAUUAAAUUCCAACUUCUCUCUACUGACAAAGUCUGCUGCUCCGCAUCAUGGAAAUCUAACCAAUCAGCGAUUACGCCCUAUAGGGGGGAUCGUGCCAUUGAUGCAAUAUCCUAGAGGCUGUUUCAGCACGCGGAAUCCUUUGCGUUGUACAAGAACUCAGUGGAUUCUUCCUCCGCCAUUUUGAGUUGCAAGAUAGCUUUAAAACUUUCGCUUGGAGAAGAUUCAGUGAUUUCUUGUACUCGGCGAAAAUAUCAUCCAUAGCUUCGAUAGGUAUCCAUCUCAAGCUUCGGAUGGUUUGUCGACGAUGGUAGCGCUUGACAGGCUGGAAAGUCGAAUUUAAAGUUUCGGUGUAUUUUGCAUAUAUCAAGGCAUCCUUGGUGUGUUCUAAAGCGAGGGAUUAGAACACGCUCUGUCGAGACGUGGCGGUCACGUGCUUGUGUCACUAAAAAAACGAUUUCUCUCCUCCACUUGCGGAACAUCGCCAAAAAACUAUUUUAUUUGAAGAAUACAGUCUCCCUCCGUCCAUCCGUAGCAUUAUUUUUUAACAAAUUGUGCUCGGAAAAUGCGUUCUGCGGGGACGUGUUUUCAUCGCCUGUGUUCAUUGUGAAGGAAAGUAUGGUCGAUGGCGCAAAUGGCUCCAGCGCUUACCGAGGCAAACGCGUCACCCGGGUCGUCGAGAAAGAAUUCUGUGGAUCGGUGUUACUCGUCUACAGUUACGGAGGAGCUUAAACAAGGUAGUCUAUCUUCGGGAGUUGAUUUAAAGCUGCUUUCACGGAACGGCCUUGUGCGAUUGCUCGAAGAUACAGAUAGUAGUAAUAACAUUACAAACAUAAACGGAGGUCGCGAGGAGUCUUCGCAUUUCUCUUCCCCACCCAUCUCAAAACGUUACGAAGAUCAGUUCAAAAUAACUGAUAUGCCAAACGAGCAAUGCGACGGGAGUCUCAGUAUCGUAAUGGAAAACAAGAGCAAAACAACGAAUGUCACAAACGACAGUCAAAACCGAAAGCCCGCCAUACCAAGUAGUGAUCUCUCCCAGCGAACAUGUGCUUCGACUACAACUACGCAAAGACCGACUGGUGCUUGUGACAUUGAAAGCGAAAACGAAGAAAAUCGACGAAUAACCCAACAUCCCGUGGCUACAUUAGAUACAACGAAAACAGCGAUUUCUAAGCGAACACUUAAGUCGAUCGAGCAACAAUCUCGUUUGGCAAGCCGUGCGAAAAAACUCGAGAAACGCCUCCGUAGACUGCAAACGCGGCAAAUCGCGACCCAUGUGCAUCGUCAAUUGAACGGAAUCGUUAAUCAUCACAAGGGAAAAUACUCUCCUUCCAGUUCUACAACAAAACAAGAAUUAUCUGCAGAAUCUGUAGAUAAUUUGGAGAAAAGCAACGUUUAUUCCGAUACGGGAGCGAAGGAAGCGUUUCACGCGAAAGCAUUGUUAUCUUGUUCAGGAACUGACAAGGAUAGCGUAAUUUCAUUUCAAGACAAGGGAUCCAGAAACGCUUCAUCGAACAACAAUCCCUGUGAUGACCGCUACGAAAACGCGAUCAAAUAUUCGCCAGAGAGCGUCAACAAAACGAUCAGGAAUGCUUUGAUCGAGGAGAAACAGAAAUAUGAAGCGGAGAGUUUAGCUGAGAGCCUGCGAGCACAUGUAGAGCAUUUAGAGGCAAUGGACGAUUCGGAUGCCACUGAGGCCAGUUCUGAGGACGAAAGCGAAGACGAAGAGUAUUAUUCUAGUUCUCUUCAAAGUAAAACGUCCAGGUGCUUGAGACAUCAGUAUCGAAAUGAAGAAGGAGAGAUAUCUUCUCAGUGGUCUUGGCUGCAGUCCCAAAUAGUCAACUUGGAAAGGCAAAUCAGGCGAUAUGAGGAUCUAUUUAAGAAUGCAAGGAUUGCAAAACAACCAGUCAAGCUACAUGCAAUUAAUGUUAUCUCUAAAAAUCAGAAUCCAUUGUCUGAGGUGAAUAAUUCCCUUCCAUCUCCUUUAGCUGGUCAAUCAGUCAAAUUGAAUAAUGUCAAGCCAACGCAGCCAGAACUUGACUUCAACAAAAUUAAGGAACCUGAAAGUCACUUGCGGAAUGGUAUGAAGAAAGCACUUUUGCAUGAGACAAUGGUGGAUGAGGAUGAGUUACCUCUGAAGAAACUGCGGACCAAGCUACUAAAGAACGAUGCAAAUGAUAACUAUUCUGUAGUAGGUCAUAGCAACAACAAUCUUUCUGAAUGCGCAAGGACUAGGGGUACCUUGCCCAUUGCUCGCCGACGCCUAGUGCACUUAUCAUGGAUGCAGGAGAGGUGUAAGGCUCGUAAAAGGUUUUGUCACUGCUCUAAACCAGAGACUCCUUGCCUGUCAUGUUCCAAGAUUGCACAGACGAUACCUGUUGUGGAGAGCAGUCAGUCAAAGGCAGAAAGGGUUGCCCUGUUGGACCACUCCUAUCAUGCUGUACUGUCGUUUCCCACAGAAAUUCCUCUCCAGUUUCAUUUUGCAUCACUUCUCAAGAAAGGUGGCUUUGAAUCUCGCACACAGCCUGUGAAGCCCUUUCCAGUCAAAACCUCAAACAUUGACAAAAAGAAACAGAAGUCUAAUCGUCGAGCUCAGCUGGCCAAAGGAGCUGCUGCCUCGCUGCUCUCAUCUGCAAAACUUCGAAACCAGAAAUAUGAAAGAAAGCGCAACUUCAGUAGCCUCCCUUCAACUCCUAAGAAUGCAAAGAGUGACAGUAGGGAGUGCCAUACUGACAACAUUCCCCGCAAGAAGCGAGCAGCUGCCAUUAGUGCCGCAGCCCAGCUUCAGAAACGGGCUAGAAGUUUAUCGUUGCCGUGCACAGCAGCAUCCAGCCCAUCCACACCUGCAUCAUCGCCCAGCCCAACACCACCGCUUUCUAAUUCACUGCCACCUUCCACGCUUAGUCUGAUGCUUCGUAAAAAGAGGACAAGCAAUGCAUUUGACAUUAACAAUAUUGUGAUACCCUACUCAAUGGCGUCAUCCACCAGAGUUGAGAAACUUCAGUACAAGGAGAUCCUCACACCCAAUUGGCGUGUGCUGGAAAUUGAAAAUGAAGAGGAGCAGCCUCAAGAGGAAGUCCCAGAAAUAGAGGAGGACCAGUUUGAAGACUUGAGGGAUGAGGUGAUGGCUCAGCGACAUGACAUCUGCGAGGAGCAGGAGAGAAGGAGAUUCCUGGGCUAUCUGAACAAGAAGCGCAAGCGAUCCUCUCGACAGAGUAGUGAAACAGAUGGAGGCUUUGAAGCAGGCAGCACCCCGCCAGGCACACCAUUGUUACACUCACCCUCCCCCACUUCAGCAAGCGUGCCUGCUCCGUCGGCCAUCACCCCAUCACUACACCGCUCAUUCUCGCUAGACACCAAACUGGGUCACAGACGCUCCUCUUCAACAGAAAGCCUGCAGCGUAUACCAGAUACCCCAGGGGAAUCUUGGCCAACUGUUAACCCCUGGCAAGAGCGAACAUUCCCACUCUCUGAUGCAGAUGAGGCAGCACUCAAGCUCCCUACGCCCAUGCCGACGCCCAUCCCAUCCAGGCCAACAUCCCCCAUGGCAUCUGCACCACCCAGCCCCAUGUGUUCACCUCUUGCCAGUCCCGAAAGUGUUGAGAGCAACGAUACGAUCGAGGAUAAAAAUGAAUGGACGGUCAAACUUGUGACUACUGAACAAGAGAGUGGCGGCGAGCAGCCACGCAAGGGCAUUGUCUUAAAAUUGGCUAAAAGAUAAUCACAAAUAUUAAUCGCAAAAUGAUGUGUGUUUGCUAAUAAUUUUGUGAGUGUAAUGGGGAUGACAAGAGCUUAUUACAAUAUCGAGCUGGUGAUCGGAGACAUUGCUCUUUAGAGUAGCCCAUGGUUUCGUUUUGUCAGCUCGCUGUUGUAUAGUCAUUAGUAUAAUUGCCUGAGCCUGUCUUGUAGAUACAUUUUUAUUGAUUAAGGUAUGUUGUAGCCUUGUAUGCUUGAUAGCUAACUUUAUAUUUACACAGAUCAGCUCUUGUCUUCCGAAGUCUGCUUUUUGUCAAAUUGUUAUCCUCAUUAAGGUUUGUUGGUAAAAUGUCGAUGUGUAAAGGUGAAAGGAAAUUUUGUAAAUUCACUCUUUAAUAACCAAAUCCAUGCACUUAGACGUUCAUAAUUGAGUGUAUCUCCCACAUUGGCUAUACGUAAUUUUCCUUGACAUUGUAUAUAUCAGUAUAUUAUAUAGUACUUUUACAUCCACGUUGCCUAUUCUGUAUAUUUGGAGUUAAGGUUUGUAGAGUUUUGCCCAUGUAAAAAGGAUAUGAUACAAUCCUUGUUAAUAAAUCAUUUCUACUA